AUGUCAUUUGAUAGAAUGGUUCCAGAAUCGUCGAUUGAUACCAGGGAUGGGCCGGGAUCCUGGGAUGGGCUCAUGGGAUGGGCUCAAGGACAUGGGCUGAACUUAUUUGCCCCUAAAAUUUUCUCAGAUUCUCGAAGGUUUCUUAAGGGGAGAAGAAGAGGUCGAUGGGUGGAGGUCCUGAGCCUUUGCGUUUUUGUGCGGCAUACGUCAAAAGAAGGUCUCAAAAUUGUACACGUUAUACUGUCAGAAGAAGUGCUGGCAGGGGUAGUGGUGAUGAUAGUAGUACAAGUGGUGGGAGAAUUAGUGACUGGUAGUGGUAGUAGAAGUAGUAGUGGUGCCGGUAGUGGUAGUGGUGGAGGUUGUGGCAUUGGCAAUAGUGGUGGUAGCGGUAGUGGUAGUAAUAUUGGUAGUACUGGUAGUGGUGGUGGUGGUAGUAGUAGUAGUGAUUGUGGUGGUGAUAGUGGUAGUAGAAGUGAUGGUAGCUAG